AAUUGUCAUAAAGUUAUUUCUGCGAUUUCGUUAUGCAGUACUAAUGUAUACCGAAAGUAAACAAUUUGAAACACAUCUCAAGAUUCAUUCUAACUUUGAACUAUUUCAUGACAAAAUAAAUUCAAUUCGAUAUGGAUGUGUUGGAAAAGGAGGAGUCUAAGGCCUGCACUGUAACUGUAAGAGAUUUUCCGUUUAUUUGCCGAAUAUGUUGUAUGAAACGAAGCGAUAUGAGGCCGUUCGAAGAGGAAGACUAUUUAUCGAAACUUUUCCACGCCACUACAAAAAUUGAUGUCGGAUCUACACUAAACUUUCCUAGAAACGUAUGCAGUCAUUGUAUUAAUGCAAUAGAAGAUAUAUCAACCUUUACUGAGGUUUCGAAGUAUUAUGACUCACUGCAACGUACAUCAAAGAAAAUAAAUCCUCAAAAAACUUUUGGGAAUGGGACGAUUUCUUUCUGGGAACCUCUAAUAUGCCGAGCCUGUUCAUCUUCAAGUAGUCUUGUACCUUUUGAGGAGGACGAGCCUCUAGUACAGCUGUUUCACAAUAUCACGAAAAUUGAUGUUCAACUUAAAACCGAUAUUGCGAUGAAAAUAUGCUUAUGCAGCACGUGCAUCGACAGUCUAGAAGACAUAUCAACGUUUAUCAGCUCAUCUCGGUCCAAUAAUGAAAAACUUGAGGAAAUCAUUGGUAUACCCAAUUCGCUGAAAUCGCUGUCGAACGGGACUGAUAUUGAAGUGAAAUUGGAACGAGAUGAUAACAGAAAUGAGGAGUUUAUUUCUGAUAUGAAACACGAUAUCGAAAUCAAAGAAGAAGUUAUCGACAGCGAAUUUGCAGCUACCAUUAGCAGAGAUUACCAAACUGGUCUCAAGUCUGAAAGUCCCUACGAAGAUAUUACCAAUGAACAUUCCGUUGAUAACAUCAACACUGUUGAUACUGACGAUUUUCCUUUGUCGGCUCAGAGUAUAAAAGAAAACCCCAAACCCAAAACAGAAAAAGUAUUCGAAUGUUUCAAUUGUAAAAAAACUUACGCCGAUAAGAAAUCCUUGAAAAUGCACAUGGUCACCCAUUCCUUGCGGAACGCGUUCAAAUGCGACGAGUGCGGAAAGUUUUACAAGCGGAAGCAAAUUCUGCAACGGCAUUUGCUUACGCAUGUCAAAGGAAAGCCGUUCCGGUGCGACCAAUGCGGAAAAUGCUACGCUCAAAUGGAUUAUUUGAAGCGGCAUCUGACCACUCACAAUAAAUCCAGGCCGUUCAAGUGUGACAAAUGCUAUAAGGACUUUACUCAAAAUAACCAUUUGAAAGAGCAUUAUCUACUUACUCACACUAGCAAUAUUAAAGGACGGAUAUUCGAAUGCUAUCACUGCGGGAAAAGAUUCUAUCAGAAGUCGGCUCUCAACAGACAUUCACUCACACACACUGGCGAAAUGCUGUUUAGAUGUGAAUGUUGCGAUGAAAGCUUCACCAAGUCGGGUUUUGAAAAGCAUUUGGAGUAUCACAAAGAAGAAGACGUUUGGAAUUUUCAGGAAUGUCGACCACUGAACCAGAGGGUGCAUUCUGAUAUUUGACUGAACAGGCUAAAGUGAACACUCAUGAUUGAAAGAGAGACAUUUCGGAAUUCUGCAUCGUUAACUACAUUUAUGCCAGUAGACCACCAUACUGAAAUGUAAGAUUUCCAGGUGCAUAGGAAUGAAACUAUAAAAUUACACUACACAUCGGCUGUCAGGCCGGAGUGGGAGGAAACGAUAGGACCAAAUACCCCUUUAAAAAACGAAGGCCAAGCAAUAUGUAGCAAGAAUAAGAUGGCUUUCGAAUCAUGCCGCUGUUUUAAAGAACUUUAUCAGUGAAUUAAAGUUGUAUAGAAAUUUCACUUUUUGAUAAUGUACCACAAAAUUCAUAUUUUGUAUUUUCAAAUACUUUCAUAGAUACCAGAAUCUGAAGAGUCAUAUAUUCAUAAUAUCAUAAAGACUAACAAUGUGAUACAUUUCAGCAUCGAUCAAAAAAAUAUAUGGUUUAGUCAUCACAAUAAAGUAUACGUUGUUUUCAGA